AUGGGGAAACUGCAGAGUAAAAACAGCUUCACAGCCACCAAAUACAGGGCCGAUGGCUCCGCGGGAGAGCUGGGAGCCUGCCGAGCCACCCAGCAGCACAGCCAGGCUGUCACCUCCCCAGCUGUCACCUCGGUGGCUGCUCUCCAGCCAGACCUGUGUGUGUCGGGAGGAAGGGACAAGAGCGUGUCUGUCUGCAGCUGGAGGUCUGGGGCUGAGCUGCACCGCUUCACCGGCCACCAGCGGGAGGUCACCAAGGUCACCUCUGCCUCUGACUCAAGCAGAGUCUUCAGCGCAUCCCGGGACAAGACAGCGAUGAUGUGGGAGCUUCACAGGAACUCAGGGCCAAGCCAGCACUUCCCAGGACAUGACCUGGUUGUUACUGGCCUGGCUGUGAGCCCAGAUGCCUCCCAGCUGUGCACGGGCUCACGGGACAACACGGUGUGCAAGUGGGACAUUGAGACUGGAGAGUGCCUGGCCCGAGCCACCAUCUCCAGGAAUCUGGUGACACAUCUGUGCUGGGUCCCUGGGGAGCCUUAUGUGGUCCAGAGCUCGGAGGAUAAAACCAUCAGGUAAGUUCCAUGGGCAUGGAGAGGGGAGGGACAGGACGGGCGUUUCUGCCUCAGCAGCAGCGGCGGCUGCUCCGGGGAGGGCGCCGAGGCCACCCUGUGGGACCUGCGGCAGAGCAGGAGGCCCCUGUGUGAGUACCAGGGGCACCUCCAGACCACCAGCUCCUGCGUGUUCCUGCCGGGGGGCCCAGCCCUCCCCCCCAGCGUCGCCACCUCCUCCCACGACAGCACCGUGAAGGUCUGGGACAGAGACACUGGAGCCUGCCUGGCCACCCUGUGCCUGGAGGGAGCAGGACCACUGGCCUCACUGGCUGCCUGUGCCAGCUCCAUGCUGCUCUGUGCCAGCUCCAACUCAGGAAUUCACCUCCUCCAGCUCAGCGAGGAGCGGGCGCUGCAGGAGGUGGCAGCGUUUUGA